AUGAAGUACACCAUCGAAAACAUCACCACGGAUGACACGGGCGUGCCGCUUGACCUCAUGGGCGAUGUCCAGUAUGCGCUCAUGUGGUUUGUGGCAAUUUUUGUUCUCGAUUUCAUCCUCGUCCGCAUCAAGUGGUUCCCCGAGAAAAACAGCGCCACCCGCUACUUCUCCCUCCACGUCAUCAUCAACGCCUACGUCGUCUUCGAGCACCUGCCCGAUAUCAUCGCCACCUACAGCGAUCCCAGCGUUGCAUUCCUUGGCCCCUGCAAUACCCGCGGCGUGAUGGCCAUCUAUGCCCUUCACUUGUACCACAUUGCCUUUUACCAGCCUCUGGAUUUCAUCGACUGGGUGCACCACGUCGUUAUGGUGGUCGUCAUGCUUCCCAUCGCCUACCUCUUGGCCCCCGGUCACCUCCUUGGUCACGGCGCCUUUUAUGCUAGCGGUUUACCAGGUGGCCUCGAUUACAUGAUGCUGGUCAUGAUCAAGCUGGGUUGGAUUAGCAAGCUGGAUGAGAAGUACUACAACAACUACAUUCAGCUCUGGGUGCGCGCCCCUGGCUGCCUCGUGCACGCGUGGCUGACCUACCACAACUAUGUCGAGGCCGUCAAGCGCUAUGAGGACCCGACCAUUCCGGAUCGCCUGGAAUACUCAGCUCGCCCAUUGGUCGAACCCCAUAUUGCCCGCUAUGCCGUUUGGGUGGUCAUUAUCACCUUCUACUGGAACGGCCAAUUCUUUCUGGAGCGCGUCAUCCGCUCCCACGAGCGCCACAUUGUCAAGGCCGCCAUCGAAGGCAAAAAGGCCAAGGCUCAGUAA